AUGGAAGAAGAGAGGAUUGGGCUCCUGAAACUUAAAGAUGCACUCAAGAAUAGGUCAUUUUUAAGUUCAUGGGGUGGUGAAGAGAGUAAUUGCUGUAGGUGGAGGAAGGUCAAGUGUGAUAAUACCACAAAAAGAGUGAUCAAACUUUCUCUAAGUAGCAAACUACAACCCCAGCAGCUUAAUUCGUCCUUGGAUGCUUCAUUAUUUCUUCCCUUCACAGAAUUGCAGGUCUUAACAUUAUCUUGGAACGGCUUGAAAGGUUUCCAAGGAGUGCUUAGAUUGAAUAAAUUACAAAAUUUGAAUUUACAUCAAAAUGAAUUCACAGAACUCCCAUCCUUGGGUGGGCUACCAUCCCUUACAUCCCUAGAUCUUGUAUCCAAUUUUUUGGGGAACUCAAACAAUUUUGAAGAGCUAACUACUUUGAGCAAUUUGGAAGUGUUGAAGCUGGGCAAUAAUUCGAUUACCAGUGAGAUUGCAACCUCUUUUGCAACCUCUAUUGCAAGCCUCACGUCUCUUAAGACCUUAUCUUUAGCAGACAAUAAACUAAAUGGCUUGUGGCCAGUUGAAGGCAUGUGCAAAUUGAAGAACCUUGAAGAGUUGGAUCUGUCUUCGUGUGGUCUAGAGGGAAAGCUGCCACCAUGUCUCUCCAAUUUGACAUCCAUCCGUUCGCUUGAACUUUCGAAAAACAAUUUCAGAGGAACUAUUCCUUCAACCCUCUUCUUUAGUCUCAAGUCACUGGAGUAUGUUUCUCUUUCUGAAAAUCUUUUUGAAGGCUUGUUCUCAUUCAGUUCGCUUGCUAACAACUCCAAACUUGUGGUCUUUAAACUCGCAAAUUAUAACAAUCUUUUAAGGGUGGAGACAGAGAUCCCACAUAUGUUCCUUCACUUUCAAUUGAAAGUCCUCCACUUAUCAAAUUGUACUCUCAACGAGCCACAUGGAACUAUACCGAGCUUUCUCUUAAAUCAAUAUGACUUGAAAGCUGUUGACCUUGGCUACAACAAAAUAAUAGGAAAGUUCCCAAGUUGGUUGUUAGCAAAUAAUACAAGAUUGGAAUUCCUAUGCCUUACCGAAAAUCUCUUCAGUGGGUCUCUUGAUUUUCAUCCUAAUUCAUACAAUGUCAACAUGACUGUGCUUGACGCCUCCAACAAUGUUCUCGAUGGACAACUUCCAUCUUAUAUUGGUUCCGUGCUUCCAAAUUUGUAUUUCUUAAAAAUAUCCCAAAAUGGAUUGCACGGUAAUAUCCCUUCGUCAUUGGGUGAUAUGAGAGGGUUAUUUUCAUUAGACUUGUCCAGCAAUAAGUUAUAUGGACAAGUCCCAGAGCAUCUAGCCAGUGGUUGCAAAUCAUUGACAAUUUUAAGGCUUUCAUACAAUAAUUUGCAUGGCCAAAUACUUCCUAUCAAUGCAAACCUUGCAAAGCUACAGUUUUUAUAUUUGAACAACAAUAACUUCUCAGGGGAGCUCUCACCUGGACUUUUAAAUAGCUCCAAAUUGGAAUUGCUAGAUAUUAGCAAUAACAGAGUGUUUGGGAAAAUUCCUAGUUGGAUAAAAGACAAUCCCUCUUUAACUUUUCUCAUAAUGUCCAAAAAUUCUUUGGAAGGUCCAUUACCAAUAGAAUUUUGCAAAUUGAAUGAACUUCGCUACGUCGACCUUUCUCAUAACAAUAUUGGCCCAACCAUACCACCUUGUGCAAAUAUGUUGUCCUUGAAUUACCUACAUUUGCAAAGAAAUGAUUUUAGGGGAACUAUACCAAUUGUUCUAUCUAAAGCUUUUUCCCUAGUAACAUUAGAUAUGAGCGACAACAAAUUAUCAGGUGAAAUUCCUAAGUGGAUCACUUCACUGUCAAAUUUGAGGAUCCUGCUCCUGAAAAGUAACAAUCUUGAUGGUCUCAUUCCUAUCGAUUUGUGCCAACUCAAAAACAUAAGCAUAUUGGAUCUCUCUCAUAAUCAUUUUUCUGGAUCCAUUCCACCUUGCUUGAAAGAUAUCACUUUUGGAUGGGGAAGAACAUUGGAUGGUACAUUUUCUAUCAGAGACCAAAAUAUGUCUUCGUUUGUAAGCUCAUACAAAACUCAACUUCCUAUAAAGGCGUUGGAUUAUUAUUUAGGAUAUUAUACAUUCGAUGAGACUGAAGGAGUGGAGUUUCUAACAAAGAGCAGGUAUGAAACCUACAUGGGAAAUGUUUUGUACUUCAUGUCUGGAAUAGAUCUUUCUUGUAACAAUCUAACUGGUCAAGUUCCUUCUGAAAUUGGAAACCUAAGUUGGAUUAUUUCAUUGAACCUCUCAUACAACCAAUUGACUGGUGCAAUCCCGGAGACAUUUUCCCACCUAAAGCAAAUACAAAGCUUGGACCUAUCUCACAAUAAGUUGAGUGGUCAGAUUCCUUUACAAUUGAUAGAGUUAACCUUCUUGUCAGUCUUCAAAGUCGGUUACAACAACUUAUCUGGUAGAACACCAGAGAGACGGGCUCAAUUUGCCACAUUUGAUAAAAGCAGUUACGAAGGAAACAUUUUUCUUUGUGGAGAGCCAUUAAAGAAAAGUUGUACCAACACUGACCAUCAUGCUCCACCGUCUUCAGAACUGAUUUUUAACACCCACAAUGAUUCCUUCCUCUCUAAAACCUUCUCCCAUAUCAUUAUGGGUGUACUUCCUUCUCUGCCGGCGGCGGCAGCGGCGGAGUUGGGCAGCUACGAUAGGGACGACGUCGAUGGAGACGACAGACUUUCAAGAUGCUCGUUCUUCGGGUUAUUUUUGCCAGGUAUUCGUUGGGUGGCAGUAGAUCUUUCAUAUCCGGCGGUCUGA